AGAGAACUCUUUCACUUCCUUAAAACGUCUCUUUGCUGUCGCAUCAAAGCCACGUGAGACAAACAUGGAUAAACCAGUGGUUUUGGCUCGUGUAAUUAAGGUCCUAGGCCGAACAGGUUCACAAGGACAAUGUACGCAAGUAAAGGUUGAAUUUCUGGGUGAACAAAACCGACAAAUCAUCCGAAAUGUAAAAGGACCGGUACGAGAAGGCGAUCUCCUAACCUUGCUGGAGUCGGAACGUGAAGCAAGAAGGCUUCGAUAGAAGGAUUUUAUCCUCAACGCAUUGAAAUCAUCAAAACUGUCUGGAUUCUGGCAAUGCAAUUCAUUCCAUUAACUAAACUGGAGAACCGUACAACUGUUCCGAUACCACGAGCACGUUCAAAACAUCCAUGUAAAUGACGAUGUCUGCGACUUGUGUAAUAAAUACCGACUAAUACCUAACAAAA